GGCAGGAUAGGCCAGGCCAGAGGGAUGCAGUGCUCACCUCCUCUACACUGGAACAGUCCCUCUAAAGAGCUUGAACUAAUCCAUCCAGAGGUAGUGGGAGGCAGAGAGAAGACUUUGGGGAAGAUGACAGGGGAAAGACCAGGCUAGCUGGUAGAAGUUGCUUUGGAUGUGUUCUGCUGGUGAACAAGGGGCUCAAAAGCAUCGCCAUGAGCUCCCAUUUGGAACCCUCUGGUGUUAAUGGAUCAAACAGAGGUGAAGGUUGUGGUAGUGAAGAUGGUGAAGAAAACAGCAACAACGAGACUUACACCCCAUGCUUAAAGACAGUGAGACCUAGGCUGAGGAGUGCUGAUCCAGGCGGAGAGGGAAGGUCAAGCAGUGUGGAGCAGCUGGUGAGACCUGCCCUGCCAGGGAGGAAAGCACACAAAAAGACCUGCAUCAAGGACAACAGAAGACGGUUGAGAGAGGGGAAUCAGGACAGGGAUGAGGAAAGACAAAAUGUUGAACACACAGCAGGCAGGGAAAGAGGAAAACAAAGGCAGAGAAAGACUGAAAGAACUAGUACACAUGGAGCUGGAGUCCAGGACAGACAGGGAACAGGAAGCUCUGAAAGUUUGUCCAGCAGUAAUUCUGACAUCCAGUUAAACUGCCCUUUGGAAGGAUCGAACAACUUACAGAGAGGACACAUGUGUCCUAGUUCUCCCAGUAUUGGCGGCACCCGGAACAUCACCACCAACUUAAACCCCCAAUCCCCUUGGUCCUUGUCUUCUACUCUCCUUAAGCCUCCCAUCCAAACCAGACCCACACCUCUGUCCCCUCAGAGACUUUCAUCCAGGACAGCGGCAGUAGACCUGCACUGCAACCCAUUUAGUUCGCCCAGAGAGACAGAUCCAUUCUGGGUGGAGGUGAGAACAGGGACAGCAACUGGACGAUCUUCACAAAGCCAUCUGACACACAUCCCAUCUCUCACCAACUCAGAGCUGGGAGAAGGAGAAGAGGAGGAAGAGGAUGUGGACGAUGGCGAGGAAGGAGGCAGUGGUGUGAUGGAGGUGAUCGGUCAGACCGUGACCUCAGCAGUGGUGCAGCCUAGUGUUCCUUUUCUCCCCGAGAGGAGGAUGAGUAAAAGAGAGAAGAACAGGAUUAAGUGUCUGAGGAGGAGGCAGAGGAGAAGGGAGAGGUGGAGACAAAGUCAACUGCAGGAGAGCAGACAGAGUUCAACAGGGAACCCAUCCAGCAGCAGUAGCGAGGAUGAUGAGGACAUGAGCGCUGAUGACAGAGAAGGUUACAUCUGUGCUGUGUGUUUGGAUGUAUACUUCAGUCCUUACAUGUGUCACCCCUGCAACCACAUCUUCUGCGAACCCUGUCUGAGAACGCUGGCUAAGAACAGCCCCACCAACACCCCUUGCCCCCUCUGCAGAACAAUCAUCACACAUGUCUUCUUCCAGAAGGAGCUAAACCAAACAGCAAGAACAUUCUUCCCAAAGGAAUACCUUUCCCGGAAACAAAACUUCCAGAAAGCAAGCUGUGCAAAGUGGCCUCUCCCAAGCUGCCGGAAACUCUUCCGUAUCUUUGGAGGCUUCCAGAGGCAGUCCAGUCCCAUUGCUAGACGCCAGUUCCCCCAUGGAGGAGGCUACCGUCUGGACCCUCUGGACUUUGAGGAUGACUCUCGAAGCUGGCGUUUUGACAUGGACAUGGUCAUCAUCUACAUCUACUCAGUCAACUGGGUUAUUGGCUUCUUCAUAUUCUGCUUCCUCUGCUACCUCUUCUUCCCUUCUUUUUGACAGUCAUAGCUAAAAUGAUGGAGCAACAAAGAAAUAAGAAAGGUUGAAGAUACUGAAGGAUGAGGGUAAGGUAAGGAAAGAAGAUGAAGCAGAGCGCAGACUAUACAUAUACCAAUGUGCAUAUAUAUAUAGGGGAAAUGAUGGUGGGGAUGACUUGAUGGAGGGAAAACAACAGUGUGCCAGCUCGUUGUCUCUCAUUAAUAAAAGAUUGAAAU